AUGAAGAAAGUUACGCAGUCACCACGUAUCUUGGAUGUAGUCGGAAUGCAGGGAGCUCAGCGACUUUUGGACAGACUAGCAGAUAUGCUGUCAAAAAUCCAGAAGGCUCUCGGAGAGUAUCUAGAGAGGGAAAGAGCAUCGUUCCCAAGGUUCUACUUUGUGGGUGAUGAAGAUCUGCUCGAGAUCAUGGGUAAUAGCAAAGAUGUGACAAGACUGCAGAAGCAUCUAAAGAAAAUGUUUGCUGGAGUAACAGCUAUAGAUGUUGGAGAGGAAGAUCGCAUUAUCACUGCACUUCACAGUCGAGAAGGCGAACGUGUAGACCUUGUGCAACCAGUGCACACCAAGGAUGUGAGGAUCAACGAUUGGUUGAAGGCUUUAGAAGCUGAGAUGAAGCAUACCCUUGCGAGGUAAGG